AAGUUUAGGACGAGUUUUAGGACGAGCACAAGUAGAGAAUGCCCUAACAUAAUUUAUGCAAUUUUGAAGCUUCGCUCGAUCGAUCUGUUGUUGGCUGCCUCAUAAUUUCUAUCACAACAGCCAAUAAGUUAACUUUGUGAAUCGAAACUGACCAGUUAUACUAUCCACGAUGAUUCCUGCCCGUCAUCUUCUGAAACCCGGCACUCUGAAAGCCAUGUUUCCAUACUCCGCCAGGCCAUUUGCCUCGAGCAGCACUGGACUUGCCGGUGAUCGACUGCCUGCUCUUCGAAAACUUCUAGAGAGUCGUCAAGAAGGAGAGGGUCCUCUUCGAAUCCUUGAGACGCAUUCCGGCCUUUCAGGAUUGGUGGCAGAGCACGCUACUGGCUCUAGUGGAGAAAAGUUUGAUGGCAUGUGGUCCAGCAGUCUGACUGCAAGUGCUGUCCGGGGUCUUCCGGAUAUUGAAGUUGUGGAUACAACUAGUCGAUUGGCAUUGGUUCGAGAGACUCUUAAUGUGACGACCAAGCCAAUGAUUUAUGAUGGAGAUACUGGAGGUCUACCAGAGAUAUUUCGAUUUACCGUUCGUACAUUGGAACAGAUGGGUGUCUCGGCUGUGAUUAUUGAGGACAAGGAAGGAUUGAAGCGCAACUCCUUGUUGGAGAAUAGUUCCUCUCUCCAUCAACUCUGCCAUAUUAAUGAUUUUUGCGACAAGAUUGAGGCGGGGCUGCAAGCUCGCCGAUCCAAUGACUUUAUGAUUAUUGCACGGAUGGAAUCCUUGAUUGCGGGUAGACCCAUGGAAGAAGCCCUGUCCAGGGCCAUGGCGUGUGUGGAAGCCGGAGCAUCGGGAAUCAUGAUUCACUCCCGUCAAAAGUCACCGGCCGAAGUCUUGCAAUUCAUGAGUCAGUUCCGUGCCAUUCAUCCAGAUGUGCCCAUUGUAGUGGUCCCCACCUCCUACAACCAGAUCCACGAGGAGGAUCUGGGCCACGCUGGAGCUUCCAUUUGCAUCUAUGCCAAUCAGCUGCUGCGGGCAGCAUAUCCUUCCAUGAUGGGUGUUGCGGAGACCAUCUUGACCCAUUCCAGGUCUUAUGAAGCAGAAAAGGACUUGAUGCCCAUCAAAGCUGUGGUCAAUUUUGUCAAUGACGAAGAAGAACGGGAAAUGUGGGGAUCCAGCAAAGCAUUAUUGAAACCGGAGGUGCCUGUGGCGCCCAGCAAUAAACCAGACCACCUGAUCCAUUCGGACAUUUCUCAGCCGGCCAUGGCGCUCCGACUUGCCAUUGCGUUACAGCCCCACCAGAAUCAUGUGAUGCAUGCCAACUAUGGGACUGCGUCAUCUCCUUCUUCUUCUUCUAGUAGUGAAACCAAAGCCACGGAGGCCGGGGAGGAGGAGAAGGUAUGAGUACAGCAAAUUAAAUAUGCAUUGGGUGUAGAUACGAUACAUCUUCGCGGCUGAUAAACUGCGCCACAGGCUCUACGCAGGACGUACCGUACCUACCAAUAUAUAUAGAAAGCAAUGUGCUACGUACUGUAACUUAUUACCAAAUCUAUUUUUGCCUCUA